AUUAUUAUGCAGAAGAGAUGCGUGGGUGACUUUGUGUUAAUUCAGUUUUGAUAAAGAUUCCCUAUUGGAAGUUAAAAGAAUUCUGAAUGUGGAUUCUCUUGGGAUUGUAUAUCUUGGUCAUGCAUGAAAAUUUAUCUGGACUAUUUUUUUUCUUUUCAUAAUCUUCAUUGUUUUGAGACAUAUUUUAUCUUUACAUGGAACAAACAUAACAAGUUCAGGAGAUUACCCCAGGACCCAAUGGAUUGAGACAAUUUUUGCCUAAUUGCCAACAUUCCAUCCCUCGUGAAGGUUGUUGAGAAAAUAAUUGGCUUAUAGUUCCAGACCAUCCAGGAAGAAUUGGAUUAUUUGGCCCCCCUUUCAGUCAGGAUUCAGGCCUAGUUGUAGUAUCAAGACUAUUGUAAUAUGUUCAAUCUGGUGCUGCACUUAAAAGACAAGUCUUUUAAAAAUCAGUCUAAUUCAAAACUGUCACGGUGUUCUUUUUUUUCUUGUACAGUGCCCAUGCAGUUUGCAAAGUUGGAAAAGCAAAUGCAGUUCUAAAGUGCAUACAGGAUAAUAUCCUAUUAUCAGUAUGGCAGAUGACAAUGAAGAAUUGCCAGCAGAGGAAGAUCUGCCUGAAUCAGAGGAAAAUUUGGAACAGCUGAACAUGGGCAGCCCACCUGAACGGAGUGGUCAUGUGGCUGUUACCGAUGGAAAAUGCAUGUUUGUUUGGGGCGGAUAUAAGAAUGCUCAAGUGAGGGGCAUUUAUGACUUCUAUCUGCCAAGAGAUGAAAUCUGGAUCUAUAACAUGGAAACUGAACGAUGGACAAAACACAGAACCACGGGAGAUGUGCCUCCAUCUAUGUCAGGAAGCUGUGCUGUCUGCAUGGACAGGGUUUUUUAUCUGUUCGGAGGGCACCAUGAUUGUGGCAACACAAAUAAGUUCUACAUGCUAAAUUCCAGAUCAAAUGACGGAGUGUUGCAGUGGGUCAGAGUGGACUGCCAGGGUAUUCCUCCAUCAUCAAAAGACAAGCUCGGAGUAUGGGUUUAUAGAAAUAAGCUUAUAUUCUUUGGUGGCUAUGGCUAUUAUCCUGAUGUGGAGCAGAUUGGAACCUUUGAGUUUGAUGAAACCUCUUUUUGGAAUUCAGGUCUUCCCAGAGGGUGGAACAAUCACGUACAUGUCCUAGAUACGGAGUCAUUUACUUGGAGCCAGCCUGUGACUACGGGUAAAUCACCAUCACCCCGAGCAGCCCAUGCAUGUGCUACAGUUGGAAACAGAGGAUAUGUCUUUGGAGGCAGAUAUCGAGAAUCUAGAAUGAAUGAUCUUUAUUUUCUUAAUCUGGAAACAUGGGAAUGGCAGGAGAUAGUUGUGCAGGGUAUUUGCCCUGUUGGACGAUCUUGGCAUUCUUUAACCACCAUUUCCUCAGAUCAUCUCUUCCUCUUUGGUGGCUUCACAACUGACAAGCAGCCACUCAGUGAUGCCUGGAUCUAUUGCAUCAGUAAAAAUGAAUGGAUACAGUUUGAACACAACCAUUUAGAGAAACCCCGACUCUGGCACACUGCUUGUGCAAGCGAUGAGGGAGAAGUGAUCGUCUUUGGGGGCUGUGCCAGCAAUUUACUUGCCCAUCACAAAGCAGCACAUAGUAAUGAGAUACUUGUGUUUUCUCUUCAACCCAAAUCCCUGGCAAGAUUGUGUUUAGAGACUGUUAUGUGCUUCAAAGAAAUCCUGGCCAAUUCCUGGCACUGCCUUCCCAAGCACCUGCUCCACAGACUCAACCAGCGCUUUGGUAGUAACAACACAUCUGGAUCAUAGGGAGAAUCUUCACUGGUCAUACUGUAUAUAGAUGGCCUUUCUAUAAAAAGAUGUAAUAAGUUUACCAUCCCUGAAUGACAAAAUGAAAUUUGUAUAGAUUAAAUGUUCUUGUGUUGUAAGUAGUGGCCACGUUGCUUUUAUGUCUUUUGCCUGCAUGUGAAUAGCUUAGAAAGAGAACCUAUUUUUGUGUAAAAUUUGGUUGCAAUAAAUGAUGUUAUUUAAUGCAA